UACAUGAAAGCUCAAUUCAGCUUAGGGCUUUAAACUUGUUUUCAGCCCAAAAUUAGAUAUCAUUGAGCAGUCCAAUGGAGCCCAUUGACGAUGCUGUUGGGCUUUCGCUACAAGCCCAUCGAGAAAGAGCCGGAUUGGCGGCUACUGGCCUACGGCUAACUGCUCAGUGUAGCCUUCGAUUCUACUCCGUUGGUAGGGUUUUUCUUUGCUUCAAACUCGCACACAAACUGUGUGUGCGCCAAAAUGCCGCCAUUAACGUCUCUGCAACUUGGUAGAGUUCUUCGUCACUGUCUAUCGUCCUCUUCUUCAUCAUCUUUUAUUCGAAUCAAUACUUUUUCUCCUCGUCUUGCCACUACCUAUUUUCCCAAAUUGCAGUUUCUCUCCAGACAUUUCUCCUCUCAAGAACUGCAACCUCAAGACAUAAAUCCAGUAGCUCUCUCCAUCUCCACCGAGCUCCUCCAGAGUUCCAACACAGACCCUCUCUCUGUAUCGGAACGACUUCACCUCAAUUUCUCCCAUAUCACUCCCACAUCUUCCUUGGUACUUCAAACCCUCAAUCUCUCCCCAGAUGCUGGACGGACGGUUCUUGGAUUUCACCAGUGGCUCGUGUCGAGUGCUGAUUUCAAACACACUGACGAUACCCUCUCCUUCUUCAUCGAUUACUUUGGACGCCGUAAGGAUUUUAAGGCGACCGAUGAGAUUCUUGAGGCCGGCAAAGGUGUUGCCGGGGAUAGAACGCUUGAAUCGGUGAUUGACCGCCUUGUGCGUGCUGGGCGGCCAACGCAGGUUGUUGGGUUCUUUGAUCGGAUGGAGAGGGAAUAUGGGUUUAAGCGUGACAAAAACUCUCUGAAAAUGGUUGUGGAGAAGUUAUGUGAACAUGGGUAUGCGAGUUGUGCUGAGAAAAUGGUCAAGAACUUAGCAAAUGUGGUAUUCCCGGAUGAGGUUAUAUGUGAUUUGUUGAUCAAAGGCUGGUGUGUCGAUGGGAAGCUCGAGGAGGCCAAGAGAUUGGCAGGGGAGAUGUAUAGAGGAGGGUUUGAGAUUGGGAUAACGUCUUAUAAUGCCAUUUUGGAUUGUGUGUGUAAGCUUUGUAGGCAGAAAGACCCCUUUCGGCUUCAAUUGGAGGCUGAGAAGGUAUUGCUGGAUAUGGAAACUCACGGGGUUCCGAGGAAUGUGGAGACCUAUAAUGUAUUGAUUAGUAACUUGUGCAAGAUUAGGAAGACAGAGGAUGCAAUGAACUUGUUUCAUAGAAUGGGGGAGUGGGGAUGUUAUCCUGAUGAGACAACAUUUAUUGGUUUGAUUAGGAGUUUGUAUCAGGCAGCAAGGGUUUCCGAGGGGGAUGAAAUGAUUGAUAGGAUGAAGUCUGCAGGGUAUGGAGGUAAGCUUGAUAAGAAGGCCUACUAUGGAUUCUUGAAAAUUUUGUGUGGGAUUGAGAGGCUUGAGCAUGCUAUGACUGUUUUUAAGAAGAUGAAAGAUGAUGGGUGUGAACCAGGGAUCAAGACUUACGAUUUGUUGAUGGGCAAGUGGUGUUCCCUUAAGAGAGUCGAUAAGGCCAAUGCACUGUUUAAUGAAGCAUUGAAGAAUGGAGUUCCAGUGACACCUAAAGAGUAUAAGGUGGAUCCGAGGUUCUUGAAGAAACCAAAGGUUGAUGAGAAGAAUAAAAAGCGGGAGACGUUGCCUGAGAAAAUGGCGAGGAAAAGGAGACGUCUUAAGCAAAUUCGGCUUAGUUUUGUGAAGAAGCCACAAAAAAUGAUGCGAAGAGCCAUUUGAUCCAUUGUAGUUUUCAAGGGUUCCUCCGAUUCAGGUGGAUGCUGUUCUUUGAGGAAUUAGGCAAUUAGCCCAUCAACAAAUCCAGCUUCUAUAGUAUUUGUUCUUUCUUUACUAACUCAUAAUGAGACGCUAGUAACCCCUGUUAGGUGGCUCCUUCAGAGACCACUUUCCAUAUCUUUCAUGAAUGCAGGUGGACCAAACAGAUUUGGCGCCUAGCUGGCAUGGAUGUUCGAUUGCACAGCCUCUGCACAAGCAGCUUCUCAGAAUGGGUAACUAGCAUUUUCUCCAACUUAUCCAAGUCUGAACAGUCAGCCUUCUUCGCGUAUGCAUAUCAUAUUUGGCUUGCUCGGAACCACCUUGUCCAUGAAGCCUUCCCCUCUCCUAUCAGACUCCAUCAUCUUUCAAACAAAACAACUCUUGGAUUUCUCAGCGGGAUCUCAGCCUAUUCUAAGGAGACGAUCAAUUCGGAGGUUUUCUUGGACAGCCCCAAUGCCCCUCUCUUUCAAGGUUAAUGUUGAUGCCUCUUGCAUUUCAAAUAGUAUGCCUGCAGGUAUUACGGUGUCAUUAUUCGUGACCAUCUGGGGAGGGUCAUUAUGUCGGCAUAUAGACCCAUUCAAGGAGAUGGAGGUUGUCUUGGAGCUGAAACAAUGGCUUUCCUCUACAAAACUUUGUUCUUGAAGGAGAUGCCCUUGCUGUUGUCCAAGCUAUUCAACAGCGAUCAAGUUCCCUUGCUCCUCAAUGGCCUUGUGCUUGAUUUGAUCUUUGGUUUGAUGUCUAACCUUACUUGCCAGGUUCAGCAUGUUAAUCAUAGUGCAAACUCUUUAGCUGAUAGCCUUGCUUUGUUGGGGCGUCUGUCUGAGUCUGAGAUUAGACUAAUGCACAAUGUCUCUAUGUCUUUAAAAGGGAUGGUUAUUUAGCUGAUUGUAAUCUGCUUUCUUCUUAAUGAUAUAUUUGGUUAAUAGGAUCUAA